AUGAAACUCGACCGUUUAACCCACCUCCUCACACGCAUCCCGGGCCUCAGCUGGCUAUGGCUCUCGACGAACUCGAAACAUGACGAGACGGGGUUGAGUCCGCGCCAGGAUCCGUCGCUGCAGACGGCCACACCAGCGCCAAUCAGUCUGACGGUCUUGCAGGAUGGCGGGAACUGGACGAGGGGGCUUUUGCAUGGGAUUAUGUUUGAGUCGUUGUCCUCACAAUACCAACACGAGCCAGGCGACGGGGGCAUCCACGGCCAACUCCUGCGCAACAACGGCUUCCAGGGCUGGGAUGCCGGAUUGACAGCCUACAAGCCCCUGGGUGACGUCGUGCUCGCCCAAGACAUAAACAACCCGCUGAGCGAAUCCAUCACGUCCACGCUGUCCGUCACAAUCGCCCCCAGACCCCAAACGCACACAACAAGCACGGACUUCGUCGGCUUCGCGAACUCCGGCUACAACGGGAUCCCCGUGUCGAACGUCGAAUAUUACACGUCGUUUUGGAUGAUGGGCGACUACACGGGCGAUAUUCUGGUUCGACUUGUCGGGAGCCGGAGUGGGAAUGUGUACGGCGCGACGAAUUUGAGUGUCCGUGGCGACUGGGCACAGUUUCGAUUCUUCGAGGCGCGGUUUAAUGCGUCUGUUCGACCGGAGAUGCAGAGGGGCUAUUUUGACGAUAAUGGCGACAAUGAGUGGCAGGUGCUUUUUCGGGCGGACGAGGCGAGGGGCGAUGUGCUCAAUUUCGGGCUUGUGCAGUUGUUUCCGCCGACGUAUAAGGACCGGCCGAAUGGAUUACGCGACGAUAUCGCGAGGGAAGUCGAGGCGCUCAGACCUGCCUUUUUGCGAUUUCCAGGAGGGAAUAACAUAGAGGGCCUGGACGUCGCCAACCGGUGGAAAUGGAACGAAACCAUUGGCCCGCUUGAGCACCGGCCUGGAAGACAGGGUGACUGGCAUUACCCGAACACAGAAGCACUGGGCCUCGACGAGUACAUGCAGUGGUGCGAGGACAUGGACAUGGAGCCUGUGCUUACCGUCUGGGAUGGAAAGUCGUAUGGGGGUAUAAUGCGCGCCGGAGAGAUGCAGCCGUAUCUGGAUGAUAUACUUGAUGAGCUGGAGUAUCUACUGGGCCCCGCAACAACCCCCUACGGCUCCCUCCGCGCGCACAACGGCCGCGCCGCCCCCUACACCCUCCCCUUCAUCGAAAUCGGCAACGAAGACGACUACAGCGGCGGCUGCGACACGUACGCCUCGCGCCUCAUCCUCAUCCACAAUACCAUCCACAGCCACUAUCCCAACAUCACCCUGAUCGCCAACAACAUCGACCCCGCCUGCCUCCCGUCGCCCCCAAUCCCGGGGGUGAUGUACGACUACCACUACUACCGCAACCCGGACGAUCUCGCGGCCAUGUUUGGGUUGUGGGAUAACUGGGAUCGGCACACGGGGGGAGAGGUGAUUGUGGGUGAGUAUGGGGUGAGGAAUUUCAGUGAUCCCGAUGGGGUUUUCUGGAGCUUCGUACAGGGGAGCUGUGCCGAGGCCGUGCAUAUGAUCGGGCUCGAGAGGAAUAGCGAUGUGGUCCGCAUGGCGGCGUAUGCGCCGCUGCUGCAGCAUUUCGGGUUUACGCAGUGGUCGCCCACCCUCCUCGGCUUCGACUCCCGCCCGGCCUCCCUCACCCGCUCAACAUCCUACUUCGUGCAGCGAAUGUUCUCAACAAACCGCGGGACCUACGUGCACCCCGUGCAAUCAACCUCCACAUUCGGCCCCGUCUACUGGGUCGCGACGAGCAACGCGACCAGCUACCAUCUGAAGCUGUCAAACUACGGAGACCAGCGACAGACGGUCAUUGUACGCUUUCCAGUGGCGGGGCGCGGCACGCUCGAGAUGCUCGCGGGCCCGCGCGAUGCGAGUAAUACCCCGUAUAAUGUGUCCGUUGUCCCCUCGUUGACGGAGUUUGUGGUUGCAAGUGAUGUGUAUACGGUGUUUUUGGAGGGCUGGGAGGUGGCGGUUCUAGUUGUUAGGGUUGAGUAG